AUGUGGGAGAAGAGGAGGAGGAGGAGGAGGAAGAAUAGGAAGAGGGAGGUGUGUUGCUCUGCUGCUACUUCUGGAGAAAAUCCACUCCAGACAGACACACUUCCUCCUCUCCAGCACGGCCAGCUUUAAAAACUUCCAACCCACAACCUUUUCUCCCUCUCUCCACGCUGACUCGCCAUCAGAGAGGAGGAAGCUCCCCAGACGUCCACAGGCUCAUCCUUUUGUUCUCUGCAUCCCUUUUCAAUGUCUUCCGACGCUUCCUAAAGGACCUCUAAGAGAAUCUGUGCAUCUGCAGGUCAGAUCUUCGUCACUGUGCGUCCAAAAGUUCGUUUGAGUUUCAGGUUGUUUUUUUAUUUUGGAGUGCGUCUGCUCUUUUUCGUGCCAGUGUUGCUGUUUUUCACUGGAGAAAAUGAGGGCUGAGGUGCUGGUCGCCUGGGUGGCUUUGACCCUGUGCUGCGCUCCGGUCGCUGCUCGAGAAAAUGUGGAGGAGGAGGACAAACUCUCCGGAGACUGGGUCCAGGUGAGAGAAACCCGAGGACUGGUCGAGCCCAGGAGACGGACGGAGGAAGGGGGUGUUGAAAUGUCAGACGAGCCGGCUGAAGUGGUGCCAGACGAGAGCACAAAACCAAAGAAAAAGAAAACACCUGAGGAAAUUGAGGCAGCCAGGGCAAAGAAAGCAGCAGAGAAGGAAGCCAAAGCAAAGAAGCAGAAAGCUCCUAAACCCACCAAGAAGCCAAAAGGCCCCAAACCAACCAAGAAGCCCAAAGCGCCAAAACCCACAAAGAAGCCCAAAGCGCCUAAAGCGCCCAAAGCGCCCAAAGCAACCAAAGCCACCAAGAAACCAAAGGCGACGACCACAGUGCAGCCCACAACAACCAAGCGUCCGGCUCUGGACGAGGAAGAGGAGCGGCUGCUGAUUGAACUGGGCUGGGACACACGUGAGGUGCCUGGUGGACGCUCUAAAACCACGACGACUGAGGUCAUCAUGUAUAUACCAGAGGAAGUCACCACCGUCCCGUAUGUCGGCCCCUGGUACGAAGAGUACGAUUACGCCGACUUUGCCGAUAAGAAACAAAAAGAAGAGGAGGAGAGAGCUCGUAAAGAAAAGGCGGAAAAAGCCGAGCGGCAGAGGAAGAAGUGGGAGGAGGAGGAAGAGGAGAGACUGAAGCAGAUCUCCGUGCCGGUGGAGCCAAAAAAGUGUCCUCCUCUGGGCUUGGAGUCUCACCGGGUGGAGGACGACCAGCUGCUGGCUUCCUCGCAGUCUCACCACGGCUUCACGGCUCAGAGGGGGCGGCUCAACAUGCAGGGCUCUAAGGACGAGGAAGAUCUGUACGGCGGAGCGUGGUGCGCCGAGCCAGAAGAGAAAAACCACUGGUUUGAGGUCGAUGCCCGCCGAGAGGUGGAGUUCACGGGGGUCAUCACUCAGGGAAGAAACUCAGAGCAACUGGAGGAUUUUGUGUCGUCCUACUUUGUGGCCUUCAGUAACGACAGUCGUGACUGGACAACACUGCAAGACGGCUACGCUGAAUGGUUGUUCUAUGGGAAUGUGGAUAAGGACACGCCGGUGUUGGGUCAGUUCAGCCCGCCCGUGGUGGCGCGCUACAUCCGCAUCCUGCCUCAGAGCUGGAACGGCAGCUUGUGUCUUCGAGCGGAGAUCCUGGCGUGUCAACUACCCAGCAGCUACCGCAGUGAGAAUGAAGUCAACCCAUCAGACGACCUGGACUUCAAACACCACAACUACAAGGACAUGAGACAGAUGAUGAAGGUGAUAAACGAAGAGUGUCCCAACAUCACCAGGAUCUACAACAUCGGUAAAAGCUCUCAGGGCCUGAAGAUGUACGCCAUGGAGAUCUCCGACAACCCCGGAGAGCACGAGACAGGGGAGCCUGAAUUUCGGUACACAGCCGGUCUGCAUGGGAAUGAGGCGCUGGGUCGAGAGCUUCUCCUCCUGCUGAUGCAGUUUCUGUGCAAAGAGUACAACGAUGGGAAUCCCAGAGUGCAACGCCUGGUGGACGGAGUGAGAAUACACCUGGUGCCCUCGCUCAACCCCGACGCUUACGAGCUGGCCUUCGAGAUGGGCUCGGAGAUGGGGAACUGGGCGCUGGGCCACUGGACCGAAGAAGGUUAUGACAUCUUCCAGAACUUCCCCGACCUGAACAGCAUCCUGUGGGGAGCCGAGGACAGAGGCUGGGUCCCUCGCGUCGUGCCCAACCAUCACAUCCCCCUCCCAGAAAACUUCCUCAAUGGCUCGCUUGCUACUGAGACAAAAGCCAUCAUUUCCUGGAUGGAGCGCAACCCGUUUGUGCUCGGAGCUAAUUUGCAAGGAGGAGAAAAACUGGUUGCGUACCCUUUUGACAUGCAGCGUCCAGUAAUUUCAUUAACCGACAGCCGGCGUUGGAGAAGUAACGCCGACAUGAACGAGGAGACGUGGGCUCGCAUCCAGCGGCAGAGGGAUGGAUCUCUGAGGGAGACGCCCGACGACGCCAUGUUUCGCUGGUUGGCGAUGUCGUACGCCCACAGCCACCUGACCAUGACGGAGACCUACCGAGGCUCCUGCCACGGUGACGAUAUCACCGGGGGACAGGGCAUCACCAACAGAGCCAGCUGGGAUCCAGUGGUGGGCAGUAUGAAUGACUUCAGCUACCUGCACACCAACUGCUUUGAGCUGUCCAUCUUCUUGGGCUGUGACAAGUUUCCCCAUGAGAGUGAACUGCCUCUGGAGUGGGAGAACAACCGCGAGGCUCUGUUGUCCUUCAUCGAACAAGUUAACCGAGGGAUAAAGGGUGUAGUGAGAGACGUGGAGGGAAAUCCGCUGCCUAAUGCCACCAUAUCUGUGGAGGGGAUACGGCAUGAUGUCAAAACGGCUCCAAGUGGCGACUACUGGCGGCUGCUGAAUCCCGGCGAGUACAGGGUGACGGCCAAAGUUGACGGCUACACCCCUCAGACCAGACUUUGCAUGGUGGGCUACGACUCCGGGGCCACUUCCUGCAGCUUCACCUUAGCCAAAUCCAACUGGGACCGCAUCAAACAGAUCAUGGCGAUCAACGGCAAGAGGCCCAUUCGACUGGUCACCAAAGUCAACGCGCCGAAAACGACCGCGGCCAGCAGCCCUGCGACCGCCACCGUCGACAGUCACGCUAGCGCUCAGAACGCAGAGCGACUCAGGCGGCUCCGGAUCAUGCGUUUACGCCGGCUGCGUCAGCAGAGAUUACGAGCCGGUCUUAGCACAACUCCUGCUACAACAACCACAACGACAACCACAACCACAACGACAGCAGCCCCGACAACAAUACCUGAAACAGAGAGGACAACUUCCUGGUACGACUCCUGGUUUCCGGUGGACAGUUGGAUCACCGAGAACCCGUUCGAUAGCGUCAUCUUUAACUCGGUGCCCACACAGGACUAUCCUUUCGAAUACACUAUCGACUGAUUACAACAUUCAGCGACCCCACAUCUAUGUAUACCUUACUAACCACUUCAGUUUGCUGCAACAUCACAGCUUUAAUAAAAAAUACAAGAACACAUAGGUCGUUAAUUAUUUAGUUCUCAUAAAGUUUUCACUUGUUGGGUAAACAUUGAGUGUGGAGAUGAAUGUGACUUUAAGGGACUGUCCAUAAGAUAAAUGUGUAGGGAUGUCCCAAUCAGAUCGGGAAGUAUCGGAGCCAGGGCUUUAAAUUAACUAUUUUUGAUCACCAGCCAACACGGCUAGCAGAUUUUGAAAGCUACCAGCCAAUCAGAUUUUCCACAAGCCACGUUUGCUUUUUCCUAACUACUUAACUUCUUCUUCAGCGUAGCUCGUAAUCGAUACCACGCACGCUAUGCACGUAGCCAAAGGUUGCACAACACGUCACGACAAAGUGUUUUAGGAUUAGUAAAGCAUUUACUUAAUUAUUAAAGCAGUGUUGCCAAAUGAAGAUUAGGUUUCCAAGCCAAAGACGCACAAAACCGCCCAAAUUUCUUGGCGCAAAACAGACCAAUUUGGAAACAUUUCUGCAGCCUGCCGAUUCAAACAAACCCUGCUUCCACCAAGGCAUUUUGAGGGCCGGUUUCGGAGCCGGUGCUUUCGUGUUUGGACAGCCGAAGAACCGUCUCUCGGCCAGGAAAACUAGCGCUACGAGGGUUUGCCUUGGUGGAAACAGGGUAACAGACGCUUCGCUUCAUUCAUCAACGGCCAAAUUGGCUAGUAACUUUAAAAUGUUACCUGCCAAAGUACAUUUUUACCCGCAUUUGGCAGGUUGCCAGAUGUCAAUUUAAAGCCCCAAUCGGAGCCGAUGUAGGCACUUUUUAAUUGAUCGGGCAUUUGCAGUCACCCCGGUCCCCUUACUCCGAUAUUUACGUCAGUCAAUUUUACACCAUUCUAAGUAAAAGUUGAUUUUAUAUGCAAGUUUUACAAAAAUGCUAGGUGCACUGUUAAAUGUAUUAAGCUGAAGACAUCUUUUAGUUACUUUGUUUACUUAGUUAUAAAAAAACGUGUGCAGCUCUAUUAUCUGGGCAAAUACAAGUAUCGGAAUCGGGACUCUGUAUCAGCAGAUAUUGGGAUUCAAUCCAAUUGCACUGGGAUCCGGGGCCAAAAUAGCUGAUCGGGACAUCCCAAAUGGGUUUUUGGAAAAUUCUUCACAGAGAGGUGAUCUGAAAUAGAAAGUUUCUGCUGAGCAGAGACUAUACAGAACUGAAUUGGGUCAAUAAAACAAAGUGCAUCACGUCACUAAACAAACAGGAUACCAUUAGGUACGUCUGCGUUAGAAAUGUAUGUAUAUCUUUAUGUUGUUUUUUUUUUUUAAAUGGCUUUACAGUGUGAUUGCCGGACUCAGUUAAUCUGAUUUCAUGUACUGCGGAAUGCAUUUGAAUAAAAUGAUUUUCUAAAUUA